CUUUUUCUCUCCCACGCAAUUUUUCAAUAGCUCCUUCGUUGCCUCUCUCUCUCUCUCUCUCUCUCCUCUUCCUGUUGGGAAAGCAGAGGGCAGAUAAUGGAGGGUUUAAGACCGAAACUAAAGCAGGCGUCCCUGCUCUGGCUCGAUGGUUUACUGGACGCUUGUUGUCUCCACCGGGUCGUCAUCUACUGUCUCAGGUCGAGACAACUUGCGAUCCGAACAGGGCAGUGCUUUCUCUUGAACGGCUUGAUUUUCCUAGGAAGUAUAUUUCUUCUAAAUUCAGUAAUAAUUCCAACACUACAAUGGAUAUUACCUGAUCAAUGCCCACAUAAUGGAGAACCUUGCUUAAUUGAUGGUAUUUCAAAACUAUAUUCCUUCUUACAUCUUGGACUCCUACAACUCUUUUAUGUAUUGUGGUUCUAUCCGAUGUAUGUAUUCAGCUUUAUUCUAAGCACCAUGUGGUACAAUGAUAUUGCUAAGUUCGGUUUUCUUGUGAUGGGAAAACAAGGGCCCCCAACAGAAAUGCCAGGUCAACAGGAGCUAUCAAGCUCGUCGAAUGCAACUCAGAUGGAUAAACGUAUUGACCUUGGGGGGGCUGUGAUUGGAAUAGCCGAACAGGUCUAUUCAGUCAUCCUCUUGAAUAUCUUCUUCCUAGAGGUUUAUGUUACUGGGUUGAUACCUUAUAUGGGGAAGCCACUGAAUUUCUUACUUAUUUCCUGGAUGUAUGCUUACUACUGCUUUGAGUACAAAUGGAAUUUCUCCGGACUGAGUUUGGACAAAAGGCUUCACUUCUUUGAAUCCAACUGGGCUUUCUUUGCUGGUUUUGGGAGCCCCUGUGUUCUGCCUUUGUUCUUUUUCACUCCUCUUGUUAGCUACGGGGUCAUGGCUAUACUCUUUCCACUGUUUGUUCUGACAGCAGCAGGCUCAGAUGCUGACAAGCUCAUUAUUUCUCAAAGAAGAAAAUGGAAGGGUGCAGGUUUGGGAAGGCUUCCAAUAUUUUGUGCCGCAGAUUAUUUGUCGAUGCGCAUCUUGUCUUUCUUCCCCAUGAAAUCUCGCGACCCAAUUCAAGUUGACAAGGCACUUUGAGAAUAAGCAACUUGAUGUGGCAUGCCGCACAUGAAGUGUCGAUGCGUAAGUUGAAAGUUGAAACCCAACCUUUUUCUACAUUACGUUGAUAUGUACGUAGUUUUUGAUGUUCACCAAAACCACUCUACCGUUGAUUAACAAUAGAUACUUCCUGUACAUAUCAUUCAGUUACAUCGGUGAUUUAUUGAGCAGAUAACCUGUGUCGUUACCAGAAAUGGUGAUUUGGGAAGUACUGCUUGAUGUUGUUAUACUUAUAGAGUGCAGCAGCUCAAGGUAAAAGUAAAGUGGCAGCUGUAAUUAGGUCUGUAUUUAGGCAACUCUGUGACUAAGCCUUAAUUUUCUUUGAUUUUUUGGGAGAAAAA